AUGCUACUCCCUUACAUUGCAAUUGUCUCCAGGCUACUCGUUGCCCUCACAGCAUUGCCGCAAUCACAAAACAACCUGCAGAGUCAAGCCACAUGCCCAAAUCCUACGACGGCAGACCAGUCAAUCAUAGAAAAAGACUGCAUUGACGCUACGAACAUUUUCCUUGAACUCCUACCCGACGACUUCACUCUAAUCAAGAAAAAUGGCACGGAUGCUCGACCAGGGACUUGGUUCGUACCUUCCGGAUUCUGGAGUGGUGGCACUGGAACCUGCGUCCUGAUUCUCGAAGUCCCUGACAGCUCCGAGCAGAAAGUAUCUCGAAAGGUCCUCGGAGACGCAAUGACAACUGUCGUAGCCAAUUGCACGAGAGAAACAGGUCUCGAAGGAGGAUACUUAUUUCCGAAGGAAUAUCGGAAUAAAGUCAAAAUCACCGUCGUGUCUACAGACGUGGCAUUCACACAGGCAGAAUAUGCAUCACAUUCUUUCUUUCCACAGCCAGGGGAGCCUACGCCCGCUGAGCUCAAUCUUAAUCCUCUGGGGUUGAAUGCUACGUUGGAUGUGUACUCGCCGAGUGAUGUGAAAGAGAGGAAUUCGACGAAGGUUCCGGGAUAG